AUGGGGUGUUCUGUCACAAAAACUAAAAUAGUAUAGAAUCAAAAUAAAUCUACAACUGAUAAAUUUGAAUCAUAUUUGAUAACUUAAAGCCUGGUGCAAUCGCCGCCUGUAUCACGAAGCAAAUAAUAUUCGAUUGAAAAGAACCCUAUUAUAUAAAGAAGAAAACUUAAGUCGUAACAAAAGACAAGGACUCCGUCAGGGGUGGACAAGUACGAUUUUUCUGUUUGA